AUGAGUGCUUACGAAGAGGUUCCCAGAAUUAUGGUCUUUCGGCCUACGCUCGACGAAAUGAAGGACUUCUCCAAGUACAUUGAAAAGAUAGAAUCUUUAGGUGCUCACGAGGCCGGUCUGGCAAAAAUUAUACCACCACCAGAGUACUGCCCGAGAAAAUCUGGCUAUAAUAAUCUCGACUACUUUCAAAUCGUCUCACCAAUUCAGCAAGUUGUGCAAGGAAACCAUGGCUGUUACCAACAGUACAACAUUCAGAAAAAGACCAUGACUGUAAGAGAGUUUCGCAACAAAGCAAAUUCCCCCGAGCACGCGACACCAGAAUACUUUGAUUACGAGGACCUUGAGAGGAAAUACUGGAAAAACAUCACAUACAACCCACCGAUUUACGGAGCAGAUGUUCCUGGCUCGAUUACCGAUGAGGAUUGUGACUACUUCAAUAUAAAUAGACUCGGGACUAUCUUGGAUUUGAUAAACGAUAGUUACAACAUCCAAAUUAUGGGAGUCAACACUGCCUACCUCUACUUCGGCAUGUGGAAGUCAAGCUUUGCCUGGCACACCGAAGACAUGGAUCUCUACAGUAUUAACUACUUACACACCGGCGAACCGAAAUCCUGGUAUUGCGUGCCCCCUAAAUAUGGCCAUAGGAUGGAGGCCCUGUUAAAAAAUACUUUUAAAGAACAACACAAAAAAUGCGAAGCUUUCAUAAGGCAUAAAAUGUCAAUCAUUGCUCCUUCUAUUUUGAGGAAGCACAAUAUUCCAUUUAAUAAGAUCACACAAGAAGCGAAUGAGUUCAUGAUCACAUUUCCUUAUGCUUACCAUGCUGGCUACAAUCUUGGAUUUAACAUUGCUGAAUCAACAAACUUUGCUUUGCAGCGCUGGAUAGAGUACGGAAAACGUUCAACAAUGUGUUUUUGUCACAAAGAUACCGUGAAGAUCCGAAUGAACGCUUUUGUGGAAAAAUUUCAACCAGAGCGUUUUCAAAGCUGGCUACUCGGUCAAGAUAUUGGGGUUGAUCCGAAAGACCCUUUCGGAAAUUUGUCUUAUGCGCCAACUCCAGUAGAUGAAGUUAAAGAGGUUGAAGAAGAUUUUCCUGAGGAACUGCCGGAUUUUAUCGCCAAAAAGACAAAGAAAGGUCCCAAACGACAGCAUACAAACGAAAGUAUUGAAUGUGUCGAUGAAUUCAUUCAAAAUGGUCAACUUAAUGGAUCACCUACAAAGUUGAAGAAAACCAAGUCAAAAUCAUCAAGCUCGACUGCCAACGGAUGGUCUUCCUCAUCAGUCAAUGGACACAAUGGUCAUUCGAAUAGUACAAAUGAUAAAACUGCACAACUUUCAAAUGGAGUUUUACAAAGUUAUUCUCUCCCUCUGAAUCUAAUUUGUGGUGCAUCGUUACCAAAGCAUAUUGGAUAUGAAAAUCUUUACGAACUAUCGGGUCGCACCUUGCAAUACGCCAAAAGUCCAGAACCGUUUACCGAUGAGACAAAAUUCAACUUUUUUUCUUCUUUGAUUGAACCACACUGCUUAAUCUGCUUGAUGCUGAAGCCAUUUGCGCAAAAGGAGAAAAUCAAUGAGGCAUUUGCCACUGAGUGGAAACCACCAUCAACCAGUCGAGUUUUAAUGCCAAAAACUAAUUACAUCUCCAAGUCAAAAGAAGUCAUCGAUUACGGGGAUGAUCACUCGUGGAAUCAAUCCACACUGCUGGUUUGCUCAGUUUGCAAAAUUUGUGUUCAUUCAGUAUGCUACGGAGUCUCAAACAGCCUGGACAUUGACGAUACUUGGCAGUGUGAUAGGUGCUGUGAUAGGUCGGGCUAUCAGGCUGCCUGUUGUCUCUGCCCAGUGCGCGGAGGCCCUCUGAAGAAGGUCGUAUUCACGCCAAGCCAAUCUUCCGCCUCGUCAGCAAUACCUAACGAUGAGAAGUGGGCUCACAUUUCAUGCUCGCUGGUUUUGCCAAACGCGAAAUUUGACGUCUUUCCCAACAUGACUCACAUUGACGUUCAAGGACGAACGAGCAAUGAAAUGUCGUGUAAAUUCUGCCAUCAGAAAACAAACUCCAGUGAUCUCUCCAACUACAUUAAUGGCUACUCAAUACGCUGCUCCCUCUGCAGCGAUAGCUUCCACGUGACAUGUGGUCACCGAGAAGGCGUCAGCUUUGAGGCAAGCAACGAAUCAACCUCGUUGAAAAUUCUCUGCAAAAAGUGCAAGAUCAAAAGUAUCAACAACCGAAAUAAAUUUCGAAGCUUUUGCGAAGUGGACAUUGGAGCCGAGGUGAUAGCCAAAUACCAUGCAUACUACUCCUAUGCGAGAGUAGUCAGCAUAAAUGAAGAGCAGUUUCACAAGGUGGAAUUUGUCGCCGAUAAUACUCUAGUAGACAACAUCAAGGGAAACCAAAUACUGAAUCGCAACGUCGAACAUGAUAUGCCCCAAAUCGGCGAUGUGGUUGAGGUGCUACUGAACCAAGAGCAGCUGCAUGGCAAGUAUGCAGGCAAUCACAUCUGCAAGAUGUACACCUGUGUCUUUGAUAAUGACGUUCAAUUGGCUUUUCGACGCGAGGACGUGUAUCUUAAAGACCAAGAAGAAUUACCAAAACGUGUUCAAAUGAAGUUUAUCGACAGCGUCCAGAGUGUUGUUCACAAUCCCCUCAAUGGCAUUUUGAUGUAA